AUGGCCAAGGCUAAGAAAACCGGUGAUACCAUCUCCAGCCGUUUGGCUUUGGUUAUGAAGAGUGGAAAGGUCACCAUGGGCCAGAAGUCCACUCUCAAGUCCCUCCGAUCUGGCAAGGCCAAGCUUAUCCUCAUCGCUGGAAACUGCCCUCCUCUCCGCAAGUCUGAGCUUGAGUACUACGCUAUGCUCGCCAAGACUCCCGUCCACCACUUCAGCGGAAACAACAUUGAGCUUGGAACUGCCUGCGGUAAACUUUUCCGCUGCUCCACCAUGGCUGUCCUCGACCAGGGUGACUCCGACAUUCUCUCCCAGGAGGCUUAA